GGGCGGGUCACGUGGGGGCGGCGGGGGCGGCGGGAGCGGCGGAGCGGAGCGGCCAUGAAGCACUACGAGGUGGAGAUCCUGGACGCCAGGACCAGGGACAAGCUGUGCUUCCUGGACAAGGUGGAGCCUCAGGCCACGGUGGCCGACAUCAAAAACCUGUUCAGCAAGAGCCAUCCCCAGUGGUACCCAGCGAGGCAGUCCCUGCGCCUGGACCCCAAGGGGCGCUCUCUCAAGGACGAGGAUGUGCUGCAGUCGCUGCCCGUGGGCACCACGGCCACGCUCUACUUCCGGGACCUGGGGGCGCAGAUCAGCUGGGUCACGGUGUUCCUGACGGAGUACGCCGGCCCCCUGCUCAUUUACCUGCUCUUCUAUUUCCGGGUGCCCUUCCUGUACGGGCCCCGCUACGACUUCACGGCCAGCCGGCACCGCGUGGUGCACCUGGCGUGCUGCUGUCACUCGUUCCACUACGUCAAGCGGCUGCUGGAGACGCUGUUCGUGCACCGCUUCUCGCACGGCACCAUGCCCCUGCGCAACAUCUUCAAGAACUGCACCUACUACUGGGGCUUCGCUGCCUGGAUGGCGUACUACAUCAACCACCCGCUGUACACCCCGCCAGCGUACGGUGACGAUCAGGUGAAGCUGGCGCUGGCCGUGUUCCUGUUCUGCCAGCUCGGGAACUUCUCCAUCCACGUGGCCCUGAGGAACCUGCGGCCGGCGGGCUCCAAGACGCGCAAGAUCCCGUACCCGACGCGGAACCCGUUCACGUGGCUGUUCCUGCUCGUGUCCUGCCCCAACUACACCUACGAGGUCGGUUCCUGGAUCGGUUUCACCAUCAUGACCCAGUGCCUGCCCGUGGCGCUCUUCUCGCUGGUGGGGUUCGUGCAGAUGGCGAUCUGGGCUCAGGGCAAGCACCGCAGUUACCUGCGCGAGUUCCGCGAUUACCCGCCCCUGCGCUCGCCCAUCGUCCCCUUCCUGCUGUGACACCCAGGGGACAGCCCCCAGUGUCCCCUUCCUGCUGUGACACCGUGAGGAUUUCCCUCAGUGUCCCCUUCCUUCUGGGACAUCGAGGGGACAGCCCCCAGUGUCCCCUUCCUGCUGUGACACCGCC